UUACAUGUCAUCACAUAAACCUUGGAGAAAAAGAAGUAGAAACAAAAUCAAACACACACACAUGACACACCUGCCAGUACCACUUCUCUCCACCUCAAGCAGCCUCUCAAAAUUUAAAACUCAAGUGUCACAAUCCCCAAAUAUGCCUUUCUACCAAAUCUUUAAUCAACUUAUGCUUCCUCUAUAUCCAACAGAUAAUAUAAAAAUAAUUAUUUUUUCCCACAUAUUAUUCUGCAGUAUUUUGCCUGCAAACCCCAGGUUUUAUUUUUCUAUUCUUCUUCAGUUUUUAAAAAAUCUUUGUUACUGUUAAUUAAUGCAACAAUAACUCCAUUUUCCACACUUCCAUUUUGAUGCAUUGCAUAAAGUUGAGAUUUUUCUUCUUCCUUUUUGUAUUUGCCAUGUUUUCUUGCUUUCUUGAACUGGGAUGAUUCUUGAAAGUUUUAAAAAUGCUUUCUUUAUGAAAUUUCUGGAAUAUUUACAUUACCUUCAAGGUUUUCUCAAAUGGGGUUCCUCAAAAUUUGAGAUAUUAUGGAGUAAUAAGGAAGACACUGCUUGCCUUUCCCCAAUCUCUUUGUUUUCAAUUUUUGAAACUCAAGAUUUGAGUUUGGGACUUGAAAAUUAUAUUAGCUUGCAUGGAGGGCAAGUUACUUCUUGGCGGAAUGAUCGAGGUGAAGAGCUCCUAUUCACUAGCAAGAAGGUCCCCAAAUCUUCGAAAGCUGCACGAGGAGGAAUCUCUGUUUCCUUUCCCCAGUAUGGAAAUGGUGGAUCAGUUGAGCAACCUGGAUUUGCCAGAAACAAAAUUUGGACCAUUGAAGACGAUCCUCCAUCUCUAAAAUCAUUUGAUACCCAAGGAAAAUCUUUCAUUGACUUGCUGCUCAAACCGUCAGAAGAUGAACUGAAGUUCUGUCCUCAUGUCUUUGAGUUUCGCCUUCGGGUUUCUCUUGCAUCAGAUGGAAGCUUGUCCCUGAUAUCUCGUAUAAGAAACAUCACUGGCAAGCUGUUGAAAUUCUUCUUUGCUUACCAAACAUAUUUUUCUGUCUCUAACAUAAGCGAAGUGCGCCUAGAAGGUUUGGAAACACUGGACUAUCGUGACAAUCUGUACCCGAAAGAACUCUUUACAGAACAGGGAGAUGCCAUAACAUUUGAGAGUGAGAUCGACCGUGUCUAUCAUCGUUCUCCUAAUUGCAUUGCUGUUCUUGAUCAUGAAAGGAAGCGAACAUAUCUGAUAAAAAAGGAAGGGCUACCAGAUACUGUGCUAUGGAAUCCCUGGAUUAAGACAUGCAAAGCAAUGGUGGAUCUUGGCAACGAUGAGUACAAGCAUAUGCUUUGUGUAGAUGGUGCAGCAAUAGAAAGACCCAUCAUUUUGAAGCCGGGAGAGGAAUGGACAGGUCGUGUGGAGCUUGUGGUGGUACCGUCAACCCUUUACAUCGAUGAUCUUUAGUCCCUUUGAGGUCUGACCUUCAAGCAUUUUAGAAAUGGUUCAAUAGCUUAGUGAGAGAGCGUAAUCCAUUUAAACUAGUUUCUGUUUUCGCUAGACUGUUACUGUUCGCAGCCAAAGAUUGUCAAUGGCUAUGUGUUUUGAAAGAGGGGAAGUUUUUAAACUAAAAUUGUUCCAUUUCAGCACAAUAUUUAUGUUUGUGCAAUUGAAAUGAGAAAGUGAAGGAUUGAUAUA